AUGUCAAUCCUUUACAACACUAAUUCAAGUCUAAUACCAAAAUUCCAAAGGCAUAAUUUGAUUAGACCCCACAGGGCAGAAUUUAAACUACAAAACGAAUUCCAGAGUCGUCAUCCCAAGGAUAGUGAUGAUUAUUUGAAGGAUCUAUGUCGUGCCAAUUGGACCACCUCCCUUCAUGGGCGCAUCAACAAAUUUGAUCGACUAGAGUUGAGUAUAAACGCAUUUUGUGCAUUGAUUGUACGUAAUUUUCUAGGGUGGUAUGGUGUCAAGAUUCCUACACAAGAUGAUCAGUUUCCAACCCUUGUAUUCGAUUUGAUUCAAGAUACAAUUGCUUAUUUGAAAAAAUGUGAAAUCGAUCUUGAGGACCUGGUAUGUGAUCAACUGGCAUUGAUUCUAUCACAACAUGUCCAAGCAAUGAGAAAAUUAUCAAGUUCAGAAUCGUCAACUUUCUUACAUUAUUGUAACUUGACACUUUAUCAGAAUCAAUACCCACAAUUGAUCACCAAAAGAUUGAAAAAACCCCUGGACAAUCAAUCUGAAUUACAAUCGACUUUUCUUGAAGCCCUUUUCAAUGAUCUUUUGUUGGGUAAAGUGCUGGAUAGCGUGUUGGAGCCUUAUUACAUUCUCGAUGUCUUGAGGAAACUACCAGUGGACCAAGAGAAAAGUACUGUUCCCAGUUCCUGGUCUCUUGAGAAUGUUUUGAAGUCAAUUGUAUCUCUAGGCGGUAUUCUAGUUCAAAUGGCUCCUAGAUCAAACACAAGGAGUGACCAACAGCCGUUUCUCAACCGCUACAUAUUCACAUUUUUAUUUCAAGAUGUGCUUAGAACUUCUGAUAAGAAACCAUUUUUAUUUGCUCUAUUCAAAUCAUUACGAUUUGGGACUUCUAGAUUCAAGCCUAUGGACAAGUUUUUACACAGUGUGUUUCAAAAUACUCUAAUUACAAAAAUCACGACAGCUUCCAUUUGGCAAAAGCUGUUUGUCAGUUUAAGGCAUAUGCUUUUCCCUCAAGAUACUGAUAUGGGCCCCAGUACCGAAGUCCCCACAGGUGAGGCAUUGGAAGCCGUUAAAGUAGAGGCAUGUAACACACUCUGGAAAUUCAUCCAGCGCAAGCACAUACAUCUACUAUUUGGAACAACGCAGGACGAUGUUCACUUAUGGAUAGAGAUUUUAUCGAAGAACAAGCAGUGUAACAAAUUGCUAUGUUUUAGAAUAAUCGAUUGUCUCCUGGCAAACUUGGAUUCCCAUUAG